GGUCUCCACAGCUCGGACCUCCUGCUUUACCGGGAGAUGUAUCACUUCGAAAAACGACUUCGGACUUUCACCGACUGGCCGUUUACGAAAGACUGCCAGUGCACGCCGGAGAAGAUGGCGCUGGCCGGGUUCGUGCACUGCCCGAGCGAGAACGAGCCCGACGUGGCGCGCUGCUUCUUCUGCCUGAAGGAGCUGGAGGGCUGGGAGCCGGACGAUGACCCCUGGCACGAACACUCCAAGCGCUCCCUGAACUGCGGGUUCCUGAGUCUGAAGCAGGAUUUUGAUGAGCUGCUGCUGGUGGACUUCUUCAGACUAGAGCAGGAGAGGCUGUGCAUUUACAUUAGGAAGACUGCGGGUCAGCAGAUCGUUCGGUUCCAGGAGCAGGUUGACUCGACUCGGAAGACCCUUGUUAACCACUUCAGCGCUGUGGACCCCCACAGACCCGGGCUGAGGAGCUGGGGGAGUCAGAGCUGA